AUUCUCUGGCACCUACCAAAGGAAACAUCAUCAUGAGAAAAGGGAGGAGGAGUAAAGGAUUCAAGCUCAAGAUCAUCCUCAAAUGGGCAAUCACCUUUGUUCCUCGAUGUAGGAGAAAAAGAUCCUCCUACCAACAGCUUGAACCAGCACCACCACCAGUCAGAUCAUCAUCAACAGCCAUGUCCACUUUACGCCAUUGGGGAAGCUCGAUUAAAAGAAGGCUCUGUUUCACCCGUAGUUACAUUAGAAUGGGGACGACGGAUCAUCAUGAACUCAUGAUCAUGAAUAAUAAUCCCAAUCCAGAAUUGGAUGUACCAAAGGGCCAUCUUGCAGUCUAUGUGGGAGAUGACGCUCAGAGGUUUUUAGUCCCCGUCAUCUACUUUAAUCACCCUCUGUUUGGUGACCUCUUGAAAGAAACCGAGAACAAAUUUGGCUACGAUUUCCCCGGAGGAAUCCAGAUACCCUGCCCUGUCUCAGACUUCCAGAAGGUUCAGACAACCAUUGCUGCCACCAGCAGCAGCCAAAGGUUUACCUGGCUCCACCGCUAGCUUACCCAGCACAAAACAUCUUAGUUCAAGAUUCUUAAUAUGCUUGAACUGGCAGGCAUGGAUGGGUCUAAGGCUAUCGGUUUAACCUUUCAGUCAUGAAGCUACAGCUUCAAGGAUUGGAAAAAAGAGAGUUUGUAGGAUUUUAGAAACCAUGUCGUUUGUAAUUAAUUAACUUUUAUCUUCACACUGUUUGAAUAUCACAACCUUUUGCUAAA